AUGAAGAUCAAACCCAUCGACGUUCUAACGGAGAGUUAUGGACGAAAAUGGGCUGAUGUGGAUUUUAUGUGGAUAUGGAGUUUCGCGACAGAAGAUGAAGAUUAUCAAGGAGUAGAAGAUACGGAUUUCGUGCUAUACGUCAGUGCUGUGGAGACUGAGAGGUGUCGCCGUGGGCAGACGGUGGCUUACGCUUCUCAUUGCCAGCAGGAAGCAGCGUUGGACAGGCCAGUAGCUGGACAUGCCAACUUUUGUCCUGGGGAGCUGUCCACCAACAACAGGGACCUUCCAUCAGUGUUGUCCACAGUCAAACAUGAAAUGUUACACGCUCUGGGCUUCAGUGUAUCAUUGUUCGCGUUUUACAGAGAUGAAAAUGGAGAGCCGUUAACGGAAAGAAGACCAGACACUGGGAAUCCACCGAUGGACGAAGAAUUACAAAUCCACAAAUGGUCAGAUCGCGUCGUGAAGAAUAUAACGAGGAAAAACUGGAUGAUCCGAGGAGGAUACAUGGAGCGGACUUUUCAUAUGGUGGUCACUCCCAGAGUAGUUAGAGAGGUGCGAGAUCACUUUAACUGUUCAGAAUUGGAAGGUGCUGAAUUGGAAGACCAGGGCGGAGAUGGUACAGCACUUACUCAUUGGGAGAAGAGGAUUUUUGAGAAUGAAGCUAUGACCGGUACUCAUACCCAGAACUCGGUCUUCAGCCGGAUAACCUUCGCCCUCAUGGAAGAUACUGGAUGGUACCGCGCCAAUUACGAACUCGCCACCCCCCUGGACUGGGGCAAAGGCCUAGGGUGCAAGUUUUCAAUGGUGUCCUGCAAACAAUGGCUCAAUUCGCAAAGGCGAAAGAAUCCGGCUCCCUUCUGUGAGAGGAUCAAAGGGAAUCCUUUAAGAACAGAGUGCUCGCCGCGUCGUAACGCCGUGGUCCUCUGCAACCUCGUCCUACAUGAUACCAUACUCCCCAGAGCUUAUCAGCAUUUUGAUACGCUGCCGAACGUGGCUCCUGGCGAGGAGGCCCACUAUGGCGGCUCCGUAUCCCUGGCAGACUACUGUCCCUACCUCCAGGAGUUUACUUGGAGACACAAGAGUGUCCUCGUCAGAGGCAGCCGGUGUUCUUACGAAGAAAAUACGCCGAAAAGUGACGUGAAUUUCGCUUUAGAAAAUUAUGGAGCGCACUCCAAGUGUUUUGACCAUAGUGACCGGGUUUGGGAGCAAAAAUCGUGUAGACAGAUUAGAGAAUGGCAACACUGGGGUUCGGGUUGCUACAAAUAUAAAUGUGAAAGCGGUCGGCUGCAUAUUGUGGUCGGUAACUAUUCAUACACGUGCUUCCACGCGAGCCAAGUACUCCAAAUAAGGAUAAUCAAAAAAGGGUGGUUACACAAAGGAGGCGUGGUCUGUCCGCCGUGCCGAGAAGUUUGCAAGGAAGAGUUUGCGUCCCGAAACGAAUAUUGCAAAGGUGGGGAAGAACCUUUGCCGCCAAAUUUAUACCACAAUGACGUUUUAACAUGUUCAGCCGUCAACUUGACAUCUCCCGCCUUUUUACUCAGCGCCAUUUUGAUUUUAAUAUUCAGUUUAAAAUAGGUAUAUUUUUUUGUAUUCGUAUUUAUUUAUUUUGUAGACUCGUAUUUAAG